AGGCCUAAUUCUCGCUCUCGGUUCAUAUCUAAGAAGCUGUCUAGCAUGGAGGUGGAAACAGAUGUGUUAGCUGCAGUUUCAUCUACUGUAGAUAUACAGUCAAAUGAAUUGACAGAGUUUUCAUCUUCUGAAGAUUUGAAACCAGAUCUAUCGGCCAUAUUUUCAUCUUCUGCUGGCAUCAAAACAGAAUUAUUGACAUUUAUUAAUUUCCAGGAUAUAAAACCUAACAUGUCAUUUAAAACUUCUCAAGAUGUUAAACCUGAUAUUAAUUCAGAAUUUUCUUCUUCUAAUGACAUAAAAAUAAAACCAGAAUUAUCAUUUUUUAAUGUUCAGGAUAUAAAACCUAACAUGUCAUUUAAAACUUAUCAAGAUGUUAAACCUGAUAAUACAUUUUCAAUUGAAAAUAUUAAUAAGAAACCUGCUGCAUCAGCAGAAUUUUCAACAUCUGAAAGUUUAAAACCAGAAUUAUCAACUAAUCAAAAUUUAAAACAAGAUUUCACAACAGAAUUUUUAUUUUUUGAGGAUAAACAAGAAAAUGGACUUGAAGAAAAUCUACAAUUGUCUAGGGACAAUGGAAAUGAAAUUGUUUAUUAUCAUCAAACAUUUUCUCAAAGUUCUGAAAGUAAUAUGCAUAAAAAUGUUCAUUCCGAAGAUAAGCCAUAUAAAAGGUUUUCUCAAAGUUCUAACUUAAAUCAAAAUAAAAAGUCAUAUGAUUGUGAUGUUUGUCAUAAAGUCUUUGCAGAUAAGAAUGGUCUAUUGCGUCAUAAAAUUGUUCAUUCUGAAUAUGAAUGUAAUAUUUGUCAUUCAGGAGAUAAACCCCAUGAAUGUGAUGUAUGUCAUAAAAGGUUUUCUAGAAAUUAUGUUUUAAAAGAGCAUAAAAAUGUUCAUUCUGGAGAUAAGCCAUAUGAAUGUGAUGUUUGUCAUAAAAGGUUUACUCGAAGUUCUAACUUAGGUGACCAUAAAAAGAUUCAUUCAGGAGAAAGGCCACAUGAAUGUGAUGUUUGUCAUAAAAGGUUUUCUAGAAGUUCUACUUUAAGAGAACAUAAAAUGGUUCAUUCAGGAGAUAAUCCCCAUGAAUGUGAUGUUUGUCAUAAAAGGUUUUCUCGUGGUUUUUAUUUAAGAGAACAUAAAGUGGUUCAUUCAGGAGAAAGGCCACAUGAAUGUGAUGUUUGUCAUAUAAAGUUUACUCAAAGUUCUAAUUUAAGAACACAUAAAAAGAUUCAUUCUGGAGAUAAACCACAUGAAUGUGAUGUAUGUCAUAAAAGGUUUUCUAGAAAUUGUGAUUUAAAAUUGCAUAAAAAUGUUCAUUCUGGAGAUAAGCCAUAUGAAUGUGAUGUUUGUCAUAAAAGGUUUACUCGAAGUUCUAACUUAGGUAAACAUAAAACGAUUCAUUCAGGAGAAAGGCCACAUGAAUGUGGUGUUUGUCAUAAAAUCUUUGUGGAGGAGAAAGUUCUAUUACAACAUAAAAUUAUUCAUUCAGGAGAUAAACCCCAUGAAUGUGAUGUUUGUCAUAAAAGGUUUUCUAGAAAUUCUGUUUUAAAAAUACAUAAAAAUGUUCAUUCAGGAGAUAAGCCAUAUGAAUGUGAUGUUUGUCAUCACAAGUUUUCUCAAAGGUCUAACUUAUGUACACACAAAAUUAUUCAUUCUGCAGAUAAACCACAUGAAUGUGAUGUGUCAUAAAAGGUUUUCUAGAAAUUCUCAUUUAAAAAAACAAAAAAAUGUUCAUUCUGGAGAAAAGGUGUAUAAUUGUGAUGUUUGACAUAAAAUCUUUGCAAAUAAGAAUAAUCUAUUACAGGAUUAAAAAGUUCAUUCAUUAGAAAGGUCACAUUAAUGUGAUGUUUGUCAUAAAAAAUAUGUGGAUAUGAAGGAUCUCUUACGACAUAAAAUUGUUCAUUCUGGAGAUAAGCCAUAUGAAUGUGAUGUUUGUCUGAAAAGAUUUUAAAAUAGUUCUCAUUUAAGAACACAUAAAAAGGUUAAUUCAGGAGAUUAACCACAUGAAUGUGAUGCUUAAUAUAAUGUUUUCUCAAUAUUCUAAUUUAAGAACACAAAAAAAGAUUCAUUCAGAUGAAAGGCCACAUAUGGAUGUCAUGUUUGUCCUAUAAAGUUUGCUU